CGUCCCACCUCCACAACCAAACCUUAACCACCCAAUUCAGAGGGGCCUUUUGCGAGAUGAAGGCCGCAAAGAACGUCUUGCUGGCAGGAGCAACGUUACUAGCUACCACAGUAACUGGUUCGAGUGCGUUGAUCAAUAGCAGAGCCGAUAGCUCGGCCUGCAAACUCCCAGCAAACCAAAGCACCUACUUCAGUUCUGGGUUCGGAUAUGAGUUCGACUGUGUGCCCAGCACCGGCACGCUGAACGCCUUGAUUCUCUUCGUCGACUUCCCCGACCAGACAGCGACCGAAGUGUCUCCCCAGGAGCUCUACGACCGCCUGAUACCCCAAGCCGAGGCAUGGUUCAACACGUCCUCGUAUGGCCAGCUUUCGCUGAAUAUCACGACGGACACCACCCGUUUCUACCGUAUGCCGAAGAACGUCGCCGAGUACAGGAUGGUGAGGCCGCUGCAGUAUCAAGAUCACUAUCGGUACGUCCAAGACGCGUUGGCCGAGUGGCUCGCUGCCACCAACACGCCGGUCCCGGAGGUCAACAGCACCGACGGCCCAUUGACGGACGUUCUAUACGUCAUCCCGACCGCGAACGCUACGGGCAUCGAGCUUUCCGCGGCGCUCACCUCGGGAGCGUACACGUAUGAUGUCAACCACAUUGCCAGGAAGGCCGUCACGAUGGGCUUCGACACGUACGACUAUUGGGGUUACAAGGCGCUCAACCACGAGACCGGUCACACUUUCUGCUUGCCGGAUCUGUAUCCCAUCCCGGAAGGCUACUCGACCCAAUACACCGGCAACUUUGACAUGAUGGCCAAUGUUGCUGCGUCCAGCCCGGAUUAUUUCGCCUGGAACAAGUGGAGGCUGGGUUGGCUCUCGGAUGACCAAAUCGAGUGCGUCGUUCCGCAGGCUGUCGACAGCGCUUCCAGCAACGGCUCUACAUCGACGACGCACAAGCUCUCGCCGCUCGAGACCGUCGGCGGCGUCAAGGCAGUGGUCGUGAAGAAGAACGAAAGGGCGGCACUGGUGGCCGAGGUGCGCUCGAAGAACGGCAACAACGCCAGCGGCUGCGUGACGGGCGUUCUGCUCUACACCGUGGCGACGGACCUGGCCACGGGCGAGGGCCCGAUACGGGUGCUGGAUACCAACCCCAGCUGGGGCGCAUCGACUUGCACAUUUGACGACCUUGACAACGCGCCUCUGAACUUUGAUGCCGAGGGCGUCACGUCGUACACGGCGGCAGACUGGGGCGUAACAGUGACGCUGGUCGGGCGAGACGGCGAAGACUACACGAUCCGUAUAGACACAGUAUAAUCCAGCAGCAUUGAAUGCAGUCUAUGCGAAGGGCAUGAUAGAGUCGAGACUACGCCUGCCGGAGAAUGAUUUUACAAUGUAAACUCAUAUUGUCAAGUGCUGUCAAACGGCAGGGAUGCAACUGAAAGCAGAGAAAACAUGCUGAGCGCCAGAAGUUACUGCGUACAGCGUGGUUCAUCUCGGCGACUCGCGCACGCCACAAAGCAUGAACGGAGGUUCAUCACACGAUUUCGGCGGACAAGCGUUUCGUAUACUCGGACACAAAACUCUAGAUGUGUGGCAUGAGACGAGCAUCGUGGCCUGAGCAAAGAAACAAGACUGAGUUUUUUUCUCGGUUAUGGCCCGGCUUUUUAACAGUCACUGAAUUUUGACCAACAUGAUGCGGCGAAAAC